CACCUGGGAGCCCGAGGCCAACCUGUACGUUUGUUUGGUUCGGUCGGAGAACUGAGCGCUGACCCUGCUCUCACAUGAGGUCCUUCUCACCUACUCUCCGCUCGGCCUCCCAAUUCUCUUACACCCCCGCGCCUCUCCAAUACAACCAAUUCAUCAACGUUGCCGACAUGGCCGACAUGAUACGGUGAAUGUGCCACGUGCUAUGGGCUUUACGUUGCCACACAUGCCACACACGUGACCACCUUCCUUCGACAGACGUGGCCGACUGGGAACCGCUAGUAAAGCAGGUCGACUCCAUCGAGCGAGGAUCUGACAACACCCUCGUCGUGUAUCUCACCAUGAAGAGUGGUGAGCGGAUUUGCCAGGGCAGGGACAUCGUGUAUAGGCGGUGUCCGCAGGCAAUGCUCCGCUUCUACGAGACGUACCUCAAGUGGAGAAACGACGAUUAGCGACGCUGCAUUGAGUGUUUCCGCGAAUGCCGCGGUGUUCUUGGUGUGGCC